AUGUCUUUGUUCACAUACCGUCCUACCCCUGUCUCUCCAAACGGAACGCCAGGUUACAGUCUUACUCCCCGGGAAGAGGAAUUCCUCACAAGACAAAAUAUUUUGUUGGGUGUGUCCGUUGAAGGGACACGAAAAGUUGACGCAGCCAUCUUGAACACCAAUUUUUGCACUCAAGUAAUGGAAGACCUUCAACCAAAAUGGGCAAGGGAUGGCUUAUUCCAUGACUUUAUUCGUAUCGUCCCGGUCGAUGCUUCCAAUCAACCACCUUUGGUGCUUCCCCAAAGCACUUUGAGUAUUGCUGCCUUGAGGUGCAUUGGUUGGAAUAAAGAAAGUGCCACGACAAUCUUCGAAAAUUGGGAACGUAACUCCACGCCUCGAAACAACUGCGAAGAUCGUGAUCCCUCCCUUAUCAAAUAUGUAGCCUCUCAUGUUUACAAAAGACAGGACACAUUCACGGAGGAUGGGCUUCUGGGAAUCGACCCAAGAGCAGAAAUGACCACUCUCAGACUAUCCAGACGCUUUCAGGAUGAGAUUUUAGAACCGGAAGGCAAUCGUACGAAGAAUUUGAAAGAUUUGCAUUAUUGGAUCGUGGAUAAGAUGAACAAGUCAUACAGGGACUGUGUGGCACGACUGGAAUUCCUGAAAAGUUAUGCUGUAACAGGUAUUCGAGCCGAAGAGAGAAUUUCGACAAAUGAUCGAAAUCUUUUGAGAUUUCAGGAAGGGGAACUUUUUGAGAACGCAUUCAUGUCCGGAUCAGGAAGCUUCGCGGCGGAAGUCAUUUAUCCUGAUUCCGACACCCAUCACAUACAAGGGGAGUUUGAUUUCGACACCAGUCCUGUACCAGAGGAGUCUGGUCCAUAUAGUGUUUGGAGAGGAGGUCGAAGGCCAAGCUCAGAAAUCUUUGAGCUUUUUGCCGAGAGUCCUGUUGAGGUUACGAUAUAA